AUGCAUAAGUUACUUGAAAAACUGAAUAUAUGCAGCUCCUGGUGCAACGUGUCUUACACCUUGGAAGGAAAGUCGCCGCUUGCACGUGUUGGUCAUUCAGCUCAUGCUGUACGCAUGAAAUGUGGGAACACGGGCAACCGACCACUGGUUAUAAUGAUCGGGGGUGCAGAUGCUUCUGGAGUAUUGAAUGAAGCUUACAUUCUGGAUAUAAUAUCAUUUAUGUGGUACUCUGUUGAUUUGGAACAGACAAUUGAUUUUCCAGGUUUGGGAAGGUAUGAACAUAGCAGUGCAAUUUUAAACAACCAGGAAUUAUUAAUAUUUGGUGGUGCAACGAAAACAGGUCCUUUGAGUCAACUACUCCGUCUACAAAUUCAUUGUCUAUCAAUUCCAGAAAAUCCAUCAAUUUAUGAAAAGGACAGAAUCACUGCAAGCUUAACUCAAGAUCGCAUUCAUACUGAUAUUCAACAAUUCAUCUAUCAUCCUCGCACACAACACUCUUCUGUUUCACUAACUGAAUAUAAUCAACUCAUAGUAUUCUCUGGUGGGAAUGUUGGUAGUCAGCCAGUGUCAGAUGAUAAAGUUUAUAUGUAUGAUAGUGAAAUAAAUUCAUGGAACAUUAUACCAGUGGAAGGUUUACCACCUUGUUCACGAUUAGGUCAUUUAAUACUAUAUGAAUUUCCUUAUGAAUUAACAAAUUCAAAUUAUGAACGUAUCCCAAAAGGUAAAAUGUAUAUACACGGUGGAAUGGUCAAUGAAAAACUACUUGAUGAUAUUUAUGUAUUAAAUUUUACUAAUCAAUCUGAUAAUAAUUUACACUUCAAAGGUAUAUGGAACAAACUAUAUCCGACUGAUAAAUUAUCACCACUCACUAUUACUCAUGAUAAUACGGGAAGUGAGUGUGAAUAUUUGGACCCAAAAUGCAUUGAACUUACACAGAUUCCAUCUCCAAGUCCACGUGCUGCUCAUGGCGGAACAAUUUUAACAAAUAAAAUUUAUGAACAGGAUACCAGUAAAAUAUUAAUAUUUGGUGGAUUGUCAUUAAAUGGAGCGUUGAAUGAUAUGUUCUGUUUUGAUACAAGUUAGUGAAAAUGUUAAUGAUCAUAAUUAUACUUAGAACUCAAUCGCAUAAACCGUGUAUAGGAUAAGCUUAUUGAAAAUUUAAAUACAAAUCCAAUGAAUUUUUUGUAUGGGUCUCUUUUAUUCUAAUUAAUACGUUCAAAAGGAAUGAAUUAAUCACAUUUCGUGAGUCUUGUCAUCUAUCAUGGGUUACUGGCAAGCAAACUUUCAGAACGGAUUCUAAAAGCUGGCGACGUUGCUCCACAUACGGCACAGGAGAGAGUAAACUUUGUAGCAAACCCUUUUUGUAUUUUUGUAAGCCUAUAAAAUGAAAAUAUACGACAUGUGUAGAUGACAGUUUUUGAUCACAACUGUCUUUAGUCAAAUAUCUCAUUGUACUAAUGUGGAAUGUAUCAACUCAUACAUAUUUGUAUCAGAUUCUACUUUGACUAUGAGUGUCUUAAUGCACCGAGUGAUGUAUUUCUAAAUGUUCCAUGUUCUGGUUUCGAGCGCUUAGUUUCAUAGGCAAGUCAUCGCCUCAACUAAACCAGUUAUUUCCACAUUUUAUCAAACUAGUUGUCUUCACUUACAUUGAAAUAAUUUCCUUUUUUCUUAACGUCCAACCCUUUUUUUCAAUUAGAUACUAGACAAUGGACUGAAAUUAAAUAUGAGACUUCUGUAUUACCGAGUCCACGUUUGGACUUUGCUUAUUGUACAUUCUCAUUAAUCGUUAAGAAGGAUACAAAAGAAAACUCACCGAUGAAAAUUAUAUUUAAAUCACCAAAAGGUAUUUAUACUUUCUAUGAUAUAUAUAUCACUGAGAUCCGUGUAUAUUUCCUGACAGUGGUAGAAUGAAUUUCAGUCUAUAGGUAUGAUCAAGUUAAUACAAUUACAUGAUUUCUAAGUAGUUACCAAUAUCUACCUAUACAAUUUCACUAAAAUAAGACUUGUGGUGAUUAAAUUUUGUCGUUAGGCUACUUGACAAAUGCAUAUUUGUGUGCUUGACUGCUAGCCGUACUGAAUGUGGGGUAGAGCAAGUGAUACCGUCCGUCUACUCAAACAGGAGUACGAAGCUCAUGUCUAGUGGUUGUAAGUUGAAUGUAUAAAUCAUUAUGUUUAACUUGACUUUAGCAGGCUAAAGUAUUUAGAUUUUGUGGUUGUUAGUAUUGUGUAAUUAAAUUAAUUAAUGGUUGUUUAUGUUAUACUGUAAUGAUUGGUUCUCAAUUUAAUUGUUAUCUAGUUGUAGAAAUUGAAUCACUGUGAAUAGGCUCCUGAAUUUUUAAAGUGUUUUACUUAAAUAAAUCAUCUAAAAGUACUCAGUUUCUUAUUAUUUAGUCUUUUGUGUUGAUCAAAUUCUGUUGGUCAAGUGACUCAACAUCGUUGUGUACACUGUUUCGGAAAAAAGUUAGUAGAAAGCAUUAAACGCACUUAAAUGGCGUCAAGUAUUUUUUGUUUUUGCAACGUCAUAUCUAAAGCCCUGAAAAUAUUUUGGAAUAUAGAUAGAACGGAAUAUGUAACCCCAUUAACUCUUAUAUACAAGUUACUUAGUGCAUAGUUUGGUAAAUGAACGUAAAUAUGUUGUGAUUUGUACUGUUAUGCUUUUAAAUGUAAAUGCACAUGAACAGUCCUACUGAUGAUUAUUGACUGGUUUAACAGCUAAAUUAACUUUCAACCAACAUUCCCUACUUUUUAAUCUCGAUGCAACAAUCCUGCUUCUAAUGGAUACAAUUAGUUAACUUAAUUCUACUUCGAAUGUUCAUAUUUGAAGUAAAAAGGGGAUACAAUAGACUGAUUUCGUUUGUCACCUAUCUAUUAAACUAUGUCUAAUACUGGGCGAUUUUCAACUUACCGUAUAAAUCAUCUUUAUAUAUGACAACCUUUGUGUUUUGAAAUAUUUUUCCUGGUAACAGGAAUUCGAUUUCUUAAAUUGUUGUAUUUUAUUACUGUUAUUUUCUUCAGAUAAUCAAUAUCACGAUGAUAUCGUUAAUACUGAUGAGCAUGAAGAUAACAAUGAUAAAGAUCAAUACUGUCAAGAGUAUUUAUUUAUUCACGGCGGUAUGGAUACUCAUGGUUCUAUGUUUGAUGAUUCUUAUAUUAUUCUACUAAGUGAAUAUCAACUUUCUAAUCCACUAAAUGCUCAAACAAUUAUCCACCGAAGUUCUUCACAUGGAAAAUGUUAAUACUUGUUUGCAGUAAAUAAAAUAUUAAUAUGCAAUACAUUAUAAUCCCCUCAAUGCAUGAAAUUCCAAACGUCUAUAUGUAUUCCUACACAACUUCGGAAUAAUUGAAAUCUUAAAAAUAGCUUUUUUUAAACUUUAGACAAUUGGAUGUUUCUGUUCUAAAUAUGGAACUCAUUUUUUACCGUUCAUCUUUUUUAUUUAAAUAAAAUUAUUGAUUAUUCUACUCUU